AUGACCAUAUACGCCUUCUACAUCUUUGACCGCCAUUGCAGUUGUAUCUACUCACGCGAGUUUUCUCUGCGGGGCGACUCUGGCUCGCUCAACACAAACAACGAAUCCGAUGUAGCAAAGCUUCUUUUCGGCAUGGUGUACUCGCUCAAAAACAUGGCGCAAAAGCUAGCGCCAGACACCGUCCCCAAUUUGCUUCGGUCCUUCAGCACAGGUUACUACAGGGUGCAUUUCCUUGAGUCGCUCACCAACUUCAAGUUUGCUCUAGUGUCCGACUUGUCUGUGGACUGUUUGCAGGACCAGUUGUGGCAUCUUUACAGUGACAUUUUUGUCAACACCGUUGCGUUCAAUGCGCUCAGUCCUGUUGAGUUUGGCGAGUCGAAAAUCCAAAACGCCCACUUUGUUUCCCAGUCCGACUCGUACUUGCGCAGUCUUACUGUGUUUUCAUAA